AUGGAUUAUAUGGGAUCAACUGCCACCGCUCAAUAUACUCAUUUUGGUCGUCGUCCACCUCAUGGCACUAUGUUACCGUCAAUUGCCAAUUUUGAUUAUCGUACAGGUUCAGCUCCACCAUAUAGUGGUUUAUUAACACGUUCUCUUUCAUUACCAUGGCGUCCAUCAACCUUUUAUCGUUCUGCUCGUGUUGAACCAAACGUAUCUCUUUCUCAAAGUACAGCUGAUCCACUAAGUGGUUCAAAUUAUUUGAAUAAUAUUGAUUCAAUAAAAGUACCACCCAUUUUUCCAUCUGCACGACAAGCACUUUAUACAAGAUAUACACCAAAAGAUUGGUAUAAUGCACAAAUGACAAAUUAUUUAGCAUCAGAUAAAGUGCGUAGUGCUGCUGAACGUUUACGAUCUGAUGCAAUUCGAUUAGCACGAGAAAAAGAUGAACAAUCAUUUAAAAAUAAUGCUGAAAGUUCAAAACGUCUUGGUGAACGUAUUAAUGACAUAGAAUUUUGGAAAAAUGAAUUAGAAAAGACGAAAGAUAAAUUGAAGAAAAAAAUUGAUGAUGUUGAAUUUAAACGACGAGAAGUGGAAAAACAAUUAUUAGAAACCGAAAAUCCGUUAAGAAUUGCACAAGAAAAUCUUUAUGAAAGAGAAAAACGUCAAGGUAUUGAUCUAGUUCACGAUGGUGUUGAACGUGAAUUGAUUAGAGAAAUUGAUACAAUAAAAUUAUCCCAACAAAAACUUCGUCAAAUGCUUGAACGACUUAAUACCCAAAAUGCUCUUAAUCGUGGAAUACUUCAUGAACUUGAAAAAGAUUCUGCUGAUAAAUUUCGUGCUCGUGUCCUAGAUUCUGCAGCACAUCAUAUUGCUACAACGUCGAGAGGAAUCAACUUUUACGAAGGAAUUGAAGGUGUUGAUAAUACUUUUUCAACACCAGAAUCAUGGGCAAAAUUUACCGAAGAUAAUAUUCGUCGUGCAAUGUCUGAAAUGACGCAAUCAGAUGAACUCUUAAAUUCGGCAAAUAAAUUAAUGGCUGGAAGUAAUAAUGAUAUGUGGAAUCAAUGGAAUUCUGUUAAUGUUUCACUUGAAAAUCGAGUACAAGAAGAACAAACAGCUAAAAAUAAAAUACAAUCGCAUUUAGAAAAAGUAUUACAAGAAAUAUUUGAUGUGGAACAAAAUAUUGAAUUUUUAAAGAAAACUAUUGCUGAUAAAGAAGCAUUUUUACAAGUGGCUCAAACUCGUUUAGAAACUCGCACAAGACGACCAAAUGUUGAAUCGUGUCGAGAUCCCGCUAUGCACAGACUUAUUCAAGAGGUACAUGAUUUACAUGCAGGCAUCAGCGAUCUUCAUGGAAAAUUACGACAAGAAGAAAAUGCUGUUCAACAUUUAUUACGUACAAAAUCAACAUUAGAACAAGAUUUGGCUAUUAAAAAUAAUUCAUUAUUUAUCGAUGCGGAUAAAGUAAUGGGUAUUCGACGAACAUUCACAAUGUCGUCACCCGAACGAGCUGUAGCAACAAAUGUUUCAUUUUCUCAUCCACGCGGUCUCAUAUCUGUCUAA